AAAUAGGGUUGAGCCUCCUUCCGGGCGCGAGGCUACGGCUGAGAGGAGCCGAGCGCGGCUGGUGGAAGCCGGUGGGGCAGAGCCGCGAUGUUCCGUAUCGAGGGCCUCGCGCCGAAGCUGGACCCCGAGGAGAUGAAACGGAAGAUGCGCGAGGAUGUGAUCUCCUCCAUACGGAACUUCCUCAUCUAUGUAGCCCUGCUGCGAGUCACUCCUUUUAUCUUAAAGAAAUUGGACAGCAUAUAAAGAUUGGACAAUACAUGUGAAUGCAUGAUAUGAAGAACCUGGUUACAGUUUCUACUCUGCAAAUGAAUAGGCCCAGAAAGAUGUAAGAGACUCUGCUUGAAUGGACAUAAAAUUUCUACUUGUUAAGAACAA